AUGCAACAGAGGUACAAGGAGCUGCUGACGCACGUGAGCUCUGUGACAAGAAAUGAGAGCUCGGACAGCGUGAACGGCAUCUUGGAUACAGUGUCGGUUUCGGAAGACUUGAGAAUGGUGUCCCAGAUGUAUGAGACGACCCUUUCGGCCUUGAAGGAGGAGGGGAACGAGCGAAUGUGGUUCAACACCUACGUCAAGCUUGCCAAGGUGUACCUGCAAAUCCCCGAUUACGUCAAGGUCCAGACGACCAUCGACACCCUCCACGACUCGUGCCGAUUGGCCAACGGUCAGGACGACCCCUCCAAGGGGAACCAGCUGCUGGAGGUGUAUGGCAUCACCAUUCAGCUGUGCACGGCCACCAACAACAACAUCCUCAUGAAGGAGGUGUACCCAAAGACGAUCGACCUCAAUGCGUCCGUGGAAGAUCCUCGAAUCAUGGGCGUCAUCAGAGAGCAGGGGGGAAAGAUGUACAUGUCGAUGGGGAACUGGGGCCAGGCGUACAACGAGUUUUACGAGGGGUUCCGGAACUAUCAGGAGGCGGGGAACCCUAACGCGAAGGUUUGUCUCAAGUACGUGGUUCUGGCGAACAUGCUGGACCUUUCGCGCAUCAACCCUUUCGCGGCAAGAGAGGCAAAAGUGUUCCAGGAGGAGAAGGAGAUCGUGGCGAUGAUGGACCUGCGCAUGGCGUACGAGGGGAACGACCUGGCCAAGUUCGAGCGGACGCUGCACGACAAGCGCAACCGCAUCACGGAGGACCCCUUCGUUAUGACGUACCUGGGACCCCUCAGGCAGCGCAUACGGGAGUCGGUGCUCAUCCACCUCUGCAAGCCGUACAAGAAGAUCACCAUGGGGUUCAUGGCGGGGGAGCUGAGCUUAAAGACGGCGGAGGUGGAGAAGCUGCUGAUCGACCUCAUCUUGGACCGCAGGCUCAACGGCAAGAUCGACCAGAUCGAGGGCUUCUUGCUGCUGGACGGGCCACUGGAGACGACCACCUCCCGCAAGCACGACGCCAUGGAACGGUGGAGCAACUCCCUCCGAUCCCUCUCGUCCUUCGUGGCGGCGAGGGUCGAGUGCUAGCCGGUUGUGGUGGUUAUGUUUUUUUAGCGCACACACGACGCGGCUUGUGUCUUGUUGAGAACCUGGUGUGGGGCUAGGGUUCCAAUCUCGCAGCAUGUCCUUGUCUCUUCCCCUCUCCUCCUGAACUCGGGCAGGUCUUGCGUGGUGAUACUGUCGGGUUUUUUUUGUUUUUUGGUCUCUCUCUCCACCUCGCCGUCGUCUCUUUCUUUGUUGGCUCGCUUGCGGUUGGCGCGGGUCUUCUGUUGUUUAUGCUGUUGUCGUCGGUGGUGUUUUUUGGUGUCAUCUUUUGUAUUGGCUGUUUGGUUCCGUAGAACGUUCUCCUGCUUCUCUGGAGAUGAGACAACGGUACGUGUUGUUAAUCCCCCGCCCCCAGGCGAUUGUGUCUCGAAGUCUCCCCCCUCCUUUUCACGUGGGCUACAUGGAAAUAGGGGUCACGUUUAUCAAAUGCGAUAGUAUGGCUGUG